UCUGAACCCAAGAGCAGGCACAGGGGCCAAGCAGAAGGAAGUGAAUCCCUGGGGCCAGAAAGGCCCUGCUUCCCGGAAGGGCCUCAUGUCCUGUGGGGGGCUGGGCAGACAAACAUAUUGAGCCUGGCUGCCCAGCCAGGGCCACUCGCUUGCUGCUGCCUGAGAGCCAUGCUUGCUGCUGCCCUCCUGAGCCUGGCCCUGCUGGACAGUGUCCAUGCCUGCUCCACGAGCCCCCCGUCUGCAGUGGGCAUUGUGUGCCGUAUCACCAAACCUGCCUUCCUGGUGUUGAACCAGGAGACGGCCAAGGUGAUCCAGACAGCCUUCCAGCGGGCCAGCUACCCCGACAUCAAGGGUGAGAAGGCCGUGGUGCUGCUUGGCCACAUCAAGUAUGGUCUGCACAACAUCCAGAUCAGUCACCUGACCAUUGCCAGCAGCCAGGUGGAGCUGGCAGAAGCCAAGUCCAUUGAUAUCUCCAUCCAAAACGUAUCUGUGAUCUUCAAGGGGACCCUGAACUAUGGCUACAUGAGUGCCUGGGGGUUGAGCAUUAAUCAAUCUGUUGGCUUCGAGAUCGACUCUGCCAUUGAUCUCCAGAUCAACACGCAGCUGAUCUGUGACUCUGGCAGAGUGCGGACCGAUGCCCUCGACUGCCACCUGUCCUUCCACAAGCUGCUCCUGAAUCUCCACGGGGAGCAUGAGCCCGGGUGGAUCAAGCGGCUGUUCACAAACUUCAUCUCCUUCACCCUACAGCUGGUCCUGAAGGGACAGGUCUGCAAAGAGAUCAGUGUCAUCUCCAACGGCAUGGCUGACUUUGUCCAGUCGAGGGCUGCCAGCAUCCUCUCUGAUGGGGACAUCGGGGUGGACAUCUCCCUGACGGGAUUGCCCAUCAUCACAGCCACCUACCUGGAGUCCCAUCACAAGGGUUGUUUCAUCUACAAAAACGUCUCAGAGGACCUCAUACUGCCCGCCUUUUCACCCUCACUGCUGGGGGACUCCCGCAUGCUCUACUUCUGGUUCUCUGAGCAAGUUCUGGACUCCCUGGCCAAGGCUGCCUUCCAGGAUGGCCGCCUCACACUCAACCUGACGGGGGACAAGUUCAAGCUUUUCAGCAGCUUCCCUCUCAGCCAGGCCCAAGUAACCGUCCAUUGCCUCACGAGGCCCAGGAUCUCCUGUCAAAAUAAGGGCGUCGUGGUCAGUUCUUCUGUGAUGGUGAAAUUCCUCUUCCCACACCCAGAUGGGCGGCAUUCAGUGGCUCACAGUUUUGAAGAGGAUAUCAUCACUACCAUCCAGGCCUCCUAUUCCCAGAAAAAGCUCUUCUUAAGCCUCCUGGAUUUCCAGAUUACACCAAAGACUGCUUCCAAUGAGUCUGAGGUAGGUAGUCUUGGGAGAAAUAAGACCUGUUGGGCUUCAUGCCUUAAGAAAGGAGAAGGCCUUAAAGGAAAUCAGGCAAUGGGACCAAAAGAAAUUAAAUCAGAUGGUCCUUCCAUGUCUCUUGUGACUCUUCUCCCCACUAUGUCUGUCAGGAGAGCCCUUGUGUCACAGAAAUGGGGUCAUAGUGGUAUGACUGGGGGAGCAGAAGAGUACUGGCCGCCUUUCCUCUCCCUGGAUCUCUGUGAAUGGCAUAAGAACCCUAGCCCUCCCUAGGGUCUGGAGGGAUCAUUCAGGAGAGCCACUGUCUGGGGGACAGGAGGAGAGGGAUAGGUCAUGAUUACUUUUUCAU